AUGGAAUCAGCAAGUAUAUCAAUUCCUCAAGAUUGUGAAUCCCCAAAAAGAAAUUUAAGACCUACAGCUUCUGAACCUUCUCAUUCUAUUUCUACCCGCUCCAGCCUGAGUCUCCCUGAAAAAUCAGGCUGGCUUCAAAAAAGAUCUCAUCACCUAUUUCAUCGCUGACAGCGGCGAUAUUUCGUUCUUCGUGACAAAACUCUUUAUUACUACAACAAGCCUGAAAGCAGCCAGCCCAAGCUUUCUAUAAAUUUUGAUUUAGUCACUGUUGAUUUAAAUGUAGACAACCCUGACAAUCCUGCCGAAAUAACCCUAACCCCUUUUGGCUCUACUAAGCCUUUUCGGCUAAGAGGUAAAAAUGAAACUGAAAAUAAAGACUGGGCUUUAGCUUUAAUCUAUCAUAUUGAGGCUUCUGAUGGUUUUAGGAAUAGUAAAAUCAUUGAUAAGCCUAAACACAAGUUUUGGAAAACCCCAAGAAUAAGUGAAGAAAAGCUAAAAGAAGACGCGAGGACUGGGGAUUUGCUGCUAUUUAAAAGCAAAAGUCUGAAAGCCAAACUAAAAAGAGGGAUCACAAGAAGCAAGUAUGAUUAUAUUGCAAUGAUAUUGAAGUGAGGAAAUGGGAAGAUUGGGAUUAUUGAGACUGAAGAGCAAGGGGUUAGAAUUAAUAUGUGGGAGGAUUUUAUGGAAAACCAUGAAAAUCAAAAGUAUAAAAGAAUUGUAUAUAGAAGCUUAGAAUUUGAUAGAAACGAACCUGCAAUGGAAAAUUUGGAGAUUUUUUUAAAAGAGGUAGAAGGCAAAAUGCUUACAGCAAGUCCCCGAAAGAGCUCAAAAAAAGGCAAAAAAGAGGAAGAUAGCAACGAAGAAGGCUUUUUCUGCUCAGAAUUAGUAGCAUCUGCAUACAAAGCUAUGGGAUUGCUGAGUGAUGAUAUUCCAGUUUCUAACUAUUUACCUGAACACUUUUCAUCAGGGAAGCAAUUAAAUUUAAUAAACGCACAGCUUGGGCCAGAAUUAUUACUGGAUUUUUCACUAGCUUAA